AUGUCAUCUGACAAAAGAGACUAUUGGUUGGCCUGGGUUCUGUCCUCCUACAAUCAGCAGACAGCAGCUCAUACCCAUUUUUCCAAUGUCCAUCAGUAUUUUUCUUCCAAUUCGCACGUCACCUAUGCGUUUGGGACUGUGCGGGGCUUCAACGUCGUGAUGGCAAGUCCAGCUGACAUGACGGAUUCCCAAAGCACUGCGUUCAUCAUCAGCGAGCUUAUGCAAUACGCCCCUGCCGUUAGAACGGGAUUCAUCAUCAGGAGCGAUGCUAUUGCUGCCCCAGGCGUUAAGUUGGGUGAUGUGGUAGUUGGAGGAGCAUUACCAGAUCUGAGACAAGGCGUCACUUAUUUCGAUGCUGAGAAAACAAUGUGCGAGGAACGUCUCGUCGUCACUGGCCAGUCGGGACGUGUGUCUAAUACUAUUGCAAUGGCCAUCGAGACGCAUUCAUGGGAAGGUCACCACAGCUGGCUUGCAUCCUUUACUAAACAAUGGCGCGCAUGCCACUGCGAAUCGGCUGGUCCAACUGUGGCACAAUGUGACGAAUACGACGAUCUUGCGAUUGAGUCAGAGGCUCACCUACCCACGCCUUCAACACAUUAUGGCGGUAUAGCAAUUUCGAGUCAACCUUUACUCAAUCAUACUCUACUUGAAGGAAUUGCGACAGAAAGGAACAUACUUUGCUUCGAAACAGCUUCAUUACCUACGAACUCUCUCCCAUUCCUAGUCGUGGCUGGUAUAGCCAAUUCUAAUACAGAGAACAAGGACAGACACACUUACGAGAAUGCUUGUUUGGCUGUCAUGUCGUACAUAGCUUCUGUAAUGCUGUAUAUUGAUCCAGAUGAGCUUUUGUCUGAGCCUCCAAUAUCUGAGCUUUUUGUCUACGAAAGCCUGGAAAUGGACCAACCCGGAUACCGCCUUUUAAGGCUUCAAGCUGGAGCUGGUCCGAUAGAAUGUCAUCUUUUCCAAAGCUAUCUACCGUCAGAUAAUGACGAUAUAACGCUUGUCCCUUACGAAGCACUCUCAUAUUGCUGGGGAUCCAAUGUGUUAACCAACACAAUCCGCGUAAAUGGCAAAUUGCUUGCCAUCACGUCAAACCUAUUUGAAGCGCUCAAACAUCUCAGGUUUUCGGAUAAGGACCGCAUACUGUGGGUCGAUGCUAUUUGCAUCGAUCAAAACAAUGUCCUCGAGCGUGGACACCAGGUUGACAUGAUGGGCAAAUUAUACAGUAUGGCCGAUGAAGUCCUGAUUUGGCUUGGACAACUCGAGUGCGGUAAGCUGCUGCCAGCGCUUCAAAGAUUCGAGGCCGAGGUACCUUGCGAAACAUGGAAGAAAUGGCUACAUAAGGAUCCCAGAUUUCGCGGAAUCUGGGACAUGAUGAAAAUACCCUGGGCAUUUCAAGAUCAAGGGCCGGUAGGUGCCAAUUUACGGUCAGAACUGGAGCUACUCAUGGAAAGCCCAUGGUUUAGUAGAGUUUGGAUCAUCCAAGAAGUAGCUCAAGCCAAACGAGCAUCAUUGGGCUGCACCGAAGGGUGGAUCAAGGCGACGACGUUUGCUGCUGCACCGAAUCUGCUUGAAGUCGAACCGAGCACUCAAUGCCAGGCCAUCAUUGAUGUUAUGCCAGGUCCAUCGAGAUUAUCGUCAUGGUUUGGUCAGAACCCGAAUAUGUCUACCCUCCUCUGGAGAUUCAGAAGCAGCCAAGCGAGCGAUCCACGGGAUAGGCUCUACGCACUUCUAGGCAUUUCUUCAGACAAACCAAUUGUAGCGGACUACAGAAAAACGGAGCAGGAAGUAGUAAAGGAGUUUUUGAAAUAUCUGCUCCAGGGCAAAUUCUUCCAAUGGCAGAAUCAUGCGUCAAGCGUCCAAGAGAUCCUGGGAACGCUGAGAACGUUCCUGGAGAGUGAAAUCCUUGGAGGGGCAGAUAUCCAUGAUGUGGAGCGACUCUCAUCAAGACACAUGAAACCAUUGGUCUUGACAAUGACAGCAGUGGACUAUCUUCGCUACGUAAAAUCGCCGCUGCUGCACCAGCUAUCACGUCAAGGUGCCAUUAUAAUGGAACUCGACGAGCGCGGUCUUUUCAAGGGUAUCAUAUCCUUUCCGUCAUUUUGGGAGAAGUCAAAGAAAAUCAGAGCCACAUCCAGUAUAUUCGGGGCUGCUCGCCGGAAUGGCCUUGACUUUACUUCUCAGGUUUUGGCGCAGGUCAGGGACGAUCUUGAUAUGAACGAUGAUGUCGUUAUCGAAUCAGCUAAGAAUGGCCCGAGCGUGCUCAAUCAAUUUCUCAUCAAUUAUGGAGUCAACGGUAGAUCCAAUGGACGGACCACUGUGCCAUGGUUCUAUGAACAAGUUACUUGUCCAAACAUUUGUGGGAGUUUCAAGAUACUGAAGCGCUUCCUCGACCGUGCUGGGCUUUUUCUACCCCUUUCUCAAAAAUGGGGACACCUUUUAGACGGCCUCAACAUGCACACUGGCAAACCUGACGUAGCUACCUUAUGGGAAAUGGACUCAAUAUUUCAAGUCUCCCUUCAACAUUUCCGCCAUGCAAUCAAGGAAACCGAUCGCUCUAGUUUGGGAGAAAUUCGUGGAGGCCAAGAUGUUAUCAGAGACUAUCUCGAAAGUUGCGGUGAUAGAGUACAAGUCACCAAGGAAGACAUGACAGAGCUAGUGUCAAAGUACUCGAUUGAAGUCUUCUUUUCGAGCGUCGUAGAGGAAAUUGAGAUCAUGGAGGUGGAUAUAUGGCCAAGUUACCUAAAGGAAGAGAUGGCCGAAUACCAAGGCCCCCCUGAACAUCGAACGAUGGCUUGGAAAGUAAUGAUUCCCAGAUCAGUUGACUCCCCAAUCACUGGUUAUAGAUAUAUCAGGCUGCCGGAGUCAAGAUUUUGGGUUCCGUUCGAGGACAGAGGCAAGAAGAGAAGACGCAAGGACACUGUCAAUCAUCGUAGAUUGGGUUAUUGA